GGUUAGGUAAGACGAAUGGAAUAAACCAGUCAAUGUAUAAUGUUGAAUAAGUGGAUGUACUUGUUUUCUUUUGCCAGGGAACUUAAAAAGAAAAGGCUGUCAAGAUGCCUGAGACUGGCGGUGCAUCAGUUGUUCCCAAGAAGGGCCUGACACUCGAUGACCUCAUCACGGCCAUCGACCGACAUGAAAGGAACCCGAGCAACAUCCCGAAGGUCGAUACUUUCCAUUUCUGUGGAGAGAGAGUCUCAGAAUGGCUAGAGCGGGUGGAACAAGCUUUGGUCGGGCAGCCGGAUGUUGUAAAGUUUCAACGCAUCCUUCAGUAUGUCCUCCACAGCUACCAUCAGGAGGUGAAGAAAGUCAUAGAUGCGGCUCAAGGUAGCUGGGAAAGGUUCAAGGAGGGGAUGCAGAGGAAAUACCGCCUGGGAGACGGGUUGUUGACUACCACGGACCUUGAAGCGAUGAACAAAGAGGAUUUUACGACUAUAGGRGCCUUUGUUCAAGAAUUUAAGAAGAGGGCGCGGAAGGUCCAUGGGAUUUYRGAGGAAGCACAGWGCGCCAUCUUCCUGGGGCUACUCACAGCAUCGGAGGCCGUCGAGUUGACAAGACAUGGAGGAGGUAGCACAAAGCUCACCUGGGCCACCAUUGACARAGGGGUGRAAGUUGGGUGCUUGGACYAGGUGGAACAGCGUCAGGUACRCCUGCAAAGRCAGAAGAGAAAGGAAAGGGAUGCGACCGCUUCUGGGACCCCGGGAGUAACAAGGAUUGUUACAGACRUAUUGGCAYAGCUAGGGUAUGCGACAGAGCCAGUGRUGCAAAGAAGGGUGGUGACGGCUGUCAAAGWAAAMRGAAAAGAGCCAGUGAUAGAGGAGGCUGGCCAGGAGGAGCUCUGGGAAGAGGAAGAGCCGGUGCCGCAGCACCUGACGAAGGUCCAGCGCAAAGUGCGGCUACGAGGAGGAAGUGAGACAGAAGAGGCCAUAAUCAUCGAGUCAGAUGACGAGGAGGAGGAGGAAAGAACGGAGCCUCCGUCCGUCUUAUUUGAGAAGAUGAAGGACUUGCUGGAUAAGAUGGGGAGGUACCAACAGAAGUUGGUGGGUCUCUGUAAAGAAGUGAAAGGAUGGAGGUCUAACAUCCCCACAGUAUUCCUCUAUGACUCUGGCCCGGAGUUAGCGCCUGGGCGACCCGGAGUAAAUGUGGUGGGGUCGUGCCCUCAACCAAGGAUAAGGGGGAGACCCCUCACUCCGCAAGCCCGGCUGGCGCAGGCAGCGCGAACGAGGAAUCAAACCAAGGCCAGUACCAGCCAAGAGCCUCUGAGGGGGGAACACGAACCAGGAAGGAGGAAGGAGGCUGUGGAAGUAGAGGACGACGAUGACGAAGAGGAAGAGGACGAGAGACUGCGCAGAGAAGAGGAUCAGAGAGCGGAGCAGCGGGCAAGGAAAAAGGGGAUCAGGGGAGAGCCCGAACCGGUCAUACAGGACGGACCGCCCAAAAAGAAGAAAUACGCAUUCCAGUUGGAAGGAGGAUUUGACAUAGAGAAGGUGAUUGACCGGCUGCUGGAAGGGCAUAAUGACCUCAUGACCCUGAAGGAAAUCCUAGCGUCAGCCCCGCGACUCCGCGAUGAACUGAAGGGGAGGUUAUCACGGCGCGUGGUACCCAAUGUCCACCUGGGUACGAUCCUGCCCAAGGAGGCAGAGUGGGCAGAAGCAGGUACGAAGAUGGACUGGAAAUGCGUAGCCUGUGGUACGGUGGAUUUGAUGGUGAAGGGUUCCAAGUGCGCAGCAAUGGUGGACACCGGGGCAGAGAUGAACAUUAUUCGGGAGGCGGACGCGAUCAGAUUCGGGCUGGAUAUAGACCGUUCUGACUGCGGUAUUCUGCAUGGAGCCAACUGUAAGGCCAUGUUUUGCGGGACAGCCUCGAAUGUGCUCGUCGAGGUUGGAAAGGUGAAGGCCAGGGCAUGCUUCUUCAUAAUGCCAGACGUGGACCAUGGAAUCCUUCUGGGAGGGAACGAGAAGGAGUUCAUCAUAGGGGAGUCUGAUUUCCUGCUGCCUCAGGAGCGAACGCUGAUGGUGGAAUUAAUGAAGAGGAAGCAUUCCGCCUACGCGUUUAGUGACGAGGAGCGUGGCAGGCUGGAUGUAGAUAAGAUACCUAUGAUCCGCAUCCACACCGUACCACACGAGCCUUGGAACAUGAGAGGGGCGCGGUAUCCCAAUCAUGACGAGGAGAGGAAGGUGGUGGAUUAUCUCGACGGCAAGAUACGUACUCACGUCGCCGACUAUUCAAGUGGACCGUAUGCAUCCCCGUGGUUCUACUUUAUUAAGUCUAACGGGACGCUGCGGAGGUUUAUUUUGAGAGUGGAUCCGACCGCCCUGGCCUACUCUCUAAGGAAUUACGUUCCAUCGGAUCCGACGAUUGCCAGAUGGCUGACGUACAUCUGGAUGUUCAAUUUCGAAUUGGAACGGAUUCCUGGUAGUAAGAACCGGGCGGACGGGCUGAGUCGGAUCAACUGGGAUAAGCAGGAAGGGGAGGCGGUGGAGAAUACGCCGCCAGUUGAUGGAUUUCUGGAUCAGGAAGAAGAUGUUCGUCUUCAUAUCAACAAAUGGUCGCCGCGAGUGCCUAGCUGUGUAGGCUAUCCUAUCUGGCAAGCGUCGAAGGGGUAUGAAAGGAGGAGUGAGUUAGUCCUUAAGCCCUUUAAAGAAGAGGAUCCCUGGGGCGGUAAGGAUGUUCAGUGGAUGAUGGAAUUAGCGCUGGCCAGCUCGCAUAGCCUGGUGGAGGAUAUGAGGACGAUUGAGGAAGGACCUGGCCAGGUAAAAUGGCAUGAGGACUUGAUGGGAGGAACGUAUCUCCUCGUCAAUACGUUAUUGCAGGAAAGCCUAGACCAGUCAGGCUCGUUGAACCCGGCAGGGAAUGUGGACGAAAUACCCGAGAGCCAGGACGACGAGUUCGAAGAAGGGGAAAUUAAGGAGGCUUUUCAUGCAGAGGAGUACGACGGGAUCUACCUAGAGCUGGGGCUUCUUCUGUCAUGUGAAAUGCGGCUAAGAAAUGCGAGCGAUAGGGCUCAAAGGAUGCUGCAACGCUACUUAGUGCGAGACGGUCACCUUUUCGUGAGAAGGGAAGUGGGGAAUCCCAGGAGGGUCGUCUGCGGUAGGAAUCGUCAGAUCGACGUCGUAACAGCACUACACGAUGGCAUUGCAGGAGGGCAUCGAGGGGUACAAGCCACGUAUGCCAAGAUAAGUGAGUUGUACUUCUGGGAUAGAAUGAUGAACAUGGCGGAAAAUUUUGUCGAUCUUGCGUAGCCUGCCAGGAGAGAUCCCGUUUAAGGCAGGGAGAGC